AUGAUUAAAGUAUGGCUUGGAGCAAUCCUGCUAUUUUGUGGACUGUUCUUCUCCAGUACAAUAGGUGCAUUUGUUGGGAUAAAUAUUGGUACUGAUGUUUCUAACUUACCAUCAGAUACUGAUAUUAUUGGAAUCCUUAAAACACAUCAAAUAAGUCAUGUGCGCCUUUUUGAUUCCGAUGCCCACAUGCUGAGUGCUCUCUCAAACACUGGCAUUGAAGUCAUGGUUGGCGUUACAAAUGAAGAAGUCUUAGGGGUUGGAGAAUCCCCAUCAGCAGCAGCAGCCUGGAUUAAUAAAAAUGUUGCAGCUUAUCUGCCUGGGACAAAUAUUACAGCAAUUGCUGUGGGCAGUGAAGUUCUCACUUCAAUCCCAAAUGCAGCACCAGUUCUGGUUCCUGCUAUGAAUAACCUGUAUAAAGCCUUAGUUGCUUCGAAUCUAAAUUAUCUAGUUAAAGUUUCAACCCCACAGUCGAUGGGCGUAAUUCCUCGGCCCUUUCCUCCUUCUACUGCCAACUUUAACACUACAUGGAACUCCACAAUAUUCCAGAUCCUUCAGUUCUUAAGAAACACAAAUUCCUUUUACAUGUUAAAUGCUUACCCUUAUUAUGAAUAUGUUAAGAGCAAUGGCAUUUUUCCUAUCGAAUAUGCUCUUUUCCAACCACUCUCGUCAGUCAAACAAAUUGUUGACCCAAACACCCUUUUUCGCUACAACAGUAUGUUUGAUGCUUUGGUGGAUGCAACCUAUAACUCAAUAUCUGCUCUCAACUUUUCGAAGAUCCCUAUUGUUGUGACUGAAACUGGGUGGCCUUGGUUUGGUGGUGCCAAUGAACCUUAUGCCACUGUAAAAAAUGCAGAAGCAUUUAACGGUAACUUGAUUCGGCGUGUUUCAAAUGAUUCUGGUCCACCUAGUCAACUCGACAUGCCAAUAAAUACGUACAUAUAUGAGUUGUUCAAUGAAGAUAAAAGGCGUGGGCCUGUCUCAGAGAGGAACUGGGGUGUCCUUUUUACUAACAGCACUGCUGUUUAUUCAAUUAGUUUGAGUAAUUCAGAAAGUCUCGAUGCAAAUUCAUCAACAGUUUUUUGUAUCGCAAGACAAGGUACAGAUGAGGAUUCGCUGCAAAGUGGACUUAAUUGGGCUUGCGGACCUGGCCAAGCUAAUUGCAGAGCUAUUCAACAAGGGCAGCCUUGCUAUUUACCCAAUACUUGGCAAAAUCAUGCUUCUUAUGCUUACAACGAUUACUAUCAAAAAAUGCACAGUUCUGGAGGAACUUGCGACUUUGAUGGUACAGCUACGACAACUACUAUUGAUCCUAGUUAUGGAUCCUGCAGAUUUGGUGGAAGUUCGAAUUCAAGUACCAGCAGGCUAUUUCCACCUCCUGCUUUUGGACCGUAUACAAAAGCUAUAAUGCACAAUGACAAGUCAUCCAAGGUUAUUUUGGGGUGUUUCAUGUUCCAUUGGCGAGUCAGUUAUGCCAAGGAUGAAAUUCUCAAAAGCCAACCAGACCAAGCUUAA